AUGGUCUUAUCGAAGAGAAUCAGCAUCCAGUGGCUGUCAGAGCAAGCAGGCGAAUUGACAGAUACCUUAGUCAUCAGCACCCCAAAGUGUUUUUCUACAGAUGUGAGAAUCUUUAAAGAGCACUAUCCGUAUGAAAAAGGAAACGACCUGGACCUGGACGCCAUGGACAAGAUCUUCGAGUUUGUAAGCAUGGGAACUGAAAUUGACAUUGAGGGAACCAACCAGGUGCAGUUUCCUUCGGAAGUUAAUCUUCAAGAGAUUGUUCAAGCCAUCAAAACUGGGAAAAGUGUUGAAGAAUGCAAGGCGCCCCCUGAUAUCGGAACAUUUUGGCCAAUUGAUGGCAGUGAAGAUCGAAAGGAAACUGGAUCCAUGGUUAAUCCUGCGACUGCGGUAUGUACUGAGUAUGUUGAGGUUUGGAGAUCAUUGAAUCCCGCUGAAACUACGCCAGAUGAGGAAGUUCGUGAGAACCAUUGGAAGAACAAGAAGGAAGACACAGAAGUCGGUGUCUAUACGUAUAAUGCUAAGGAGGAUAACCAUCGAGGAAGAUUGAUUAGGCUUGGAAACUGGGUGCAAGCAGUGUUUUACGCCUACACUAACGGGAAGCAUGAGUUGAGUGUGCUAAGAGCAUAUUAUGAUGAGAGCAGUGGUCAAUGGCAGUAUCUUAUUCGGUACGGACCGUAUGAUUUCCCCGACCUUGGUACACUUUUCGACAAAGAAAGUAUCGACUUUGGUGGUGUUCUGUGGACUAGAGUGGAGUAA